AGAGAGUGUGUACGGCUUGAGGAAGUUUGUGGGACAGUUGUUUAAGUGUCGUGGUGCGUGGUGUGGAGUCUUUCAAGAACCGAGCCAAAGACUCAGACCAGGACGUAUGGAGAGCAGCGCAUGGGGAGAUAGUGAGCGCUGUGGUCCUCUGUCAUCCAUAAUCUCUUGACUUUUGGGUAGAUCAUUGGUGGAAUAACCUUUCGUUUGCAUCUUCAUCAAUACGUAAAUGAAAAGACGCAAGUUUAUCCCAAAGGAUUUGAGAGGUGUCAGCCGUUUUUGUUAUGGAUGGUGCAUCUUCAGGAAACCUCGGGAUGUGUAUUCUGCCUAUAGAUAGAAUUGUAAAGAGAAGCAUAAACAAUUUAUCCUGUGGAAAAGACCAAAUAUAAUUUCCAGAGAGGUAGAAUAGACUUCUAUGUAGGCUAAGCAACCUCAUGUGAACAUUUGAUAGAGGUUCUUCUAAGGUUGUGGUUGAGUUUACAUCAGUCAAGUGUGAUCUCGACAUGACUCUGGCAGCGCGGCUGGAUGAUCUGGAGAUGACACUGGAGCACAUGCUAAUGGAUGUGUUUAUGACAGAAGGGCGGAGAUGUCAGGUUCAUCUCCUGGAUGACAGGAAACUGGAGCUUCUGGUACAGCCCAAGUUAAUGGCAAAGGAUCUUCUAGACCUGGUGGCAUCCCACUUCAAUCUGAAGGAGAAGGAAUAUUUUGGAAUCUCUUACGUAGAUGAGACGGGCCAUUUCAGCUGGUUGCAGCUUGAUCGGCGUGUUCUGGAACAUGAGUUUCCCAAGAAAUCCGGACCCGUUGUGCUUUACUUCUGCGUUAGGUUCUACAUAGAGAGUAUCUCCUACCUUAAAGAUAAUGCAACGAUAGAGCUCUUCUUCCUCAAUGCAAAGUCCUGCAUCUAUAAGGAGCUCAUAGAGGUAGACAGUGACGUAGUGUUUGAACUGGCCUCCUACAUCUUACAGGAAGCUAAAGGAGACUUCACAAGUAACGAUGCUACUAGGGCUGAUCUAAAGAAGCUGCCAGCACUGCCUACACAAGCACUGAAGGAGCACCCUUCACUCGCAUACUGUGAGGACCGGGUCAUCGAGCACUAUAAGAAGCUAGGCGGGCAGUCCAGAGGCCAGGCUAUCGUCAAUUAUAUGAGCAUAGUGGAAUCAUUGCCCACAUAUGGAGUGCAUUAUUACGCUGUUAAGGAUAAGCAGGGUAUUCCAUGGUGGCUGGGUUUGAGUUAUAAGGGUAUUUUUCAGUAUGACUACCAGGACAAAGUCAAACCAAGGAAGGUGUUCCAAUGGAGACAGCUGGAGAAUUUGUACUUCAGGGAGAAGAAGUUCUCAGUGGAAGUCCAUGACCCCAGAAGCAGGGCGUCGGUAACGCGGAGGACGUUUGGUCACAGUGGCAUCGCUGUGCACACCUGGUACGCCUGUCCCACCCUCAUCAAAUCCAUCUGGGCCAUGGCUAUCAGCCAACACCAGUUCUACCUGGACCGCAAACAGAGCAAGAGCAAGAUCCACGCAGCACGCAGUCUGAAUGAGAUAGCCAUAGACCUGACGGAAACGGGAACCCUCAAGACCUCCAAACUGGCCAACAUGGGCAGCAAAGGCAAAAUUAUCAGUGGAAGCAGUGGAAGCCUGCUGUCUUCAGGCUCUCAAGAGUCGGACAGUUCCCAGACCGCUAAGAAGGACAUGUUGGUGGCUUUGAGGGCCAGACAGGAAGCUCUUGAGGAGACGCUCAGACAGAGAAUAGAGGAACUGAAGAACAUCUGCAUCAGAGAAGCGGAGCUGACAGGAAAGCUCCCUAAGGAGUAUCCUCUGGACCCCGGGGAGGAGCCACCUAUCAUCAGACGCAAAAUUGGCACGGCCUUUAAACUGGAUGAAAAGAAGAUCCUGCCCAAAGGAGAGGAAGAGGAGUUGGAACGCUUGGAGAGGGAGUUUGCGAUCCAGUCUCAGAUAACGGAGGCGGCGCGGCGGUUAGCGUCGGAUCGGCACAUCAGCAGCAAAAAGCUGAAGAAGCAGAGGAAGACGUCCUAUCUGAACGCCCUCAAGAAACUGCAGGAUAUCGAAAACGGCAUCAACGAACACCGCGUUCGCUCUGGGAAGAAACCCACACAACGUGCCUCUCUCAUCAUAGAGGAAGCAAAUAUCGGCUCAGAAGACAGCUCGCUGUCUGACGCCCUGGUGCUUGAUGAUGAUGACCCCCAGGUGACAGGAACCCCAACGUUUUCUCCGGCUGCCUCCCCCCACAAGGGUCUCCCUCCACGACCCCCCUCCCACAGCCGGCCGCCCCCUCCACAGUCUCUGGAUGGACUGAGACAUCUGCACUACCAGCGCAGCGACUAUGACAAGUCCCCAAUCAAACCGCGCAUGUGGAGCGAAAGCUCAUUAGACGAACCCUACGAAAGGGUGAAGAAACGCUCUUCGCACUCCAGUAGUCACAGGCGGUUCCCCAGCACAGGCAGCUGUGAGGCAGGAGGGAGUAACUCUCUUCAGAACAGCCCGGUGCGCUCCCUCUCUCACUGGAACAGCCAAUCCAGCAUGCCCUCCACUCCUGACCUGAGAACACGGAGCUACGUUCACUCAGCAAGUCUAACUCAGCCCUUCCGUGGGCGGAGCUCCAGCCUGGAGUCUCAGGGGAAGCUGCUUUCAUUGGAGCCAGACACAGAGGCGGGGCUUAGCCCUGACCUCUUCCUGUCAGCCACGCAGAGGACAGGAAGCAACGGCUCCGUUGUCCCCGACGACUGCUCAUCUUGCACCAGCCACUCCAGUUCGGAACAUUACUAUCCCUCGUCCACCUCUAACCCCAACUACUGCACGCUGGCUGAGGACUCGCCCUCCAAAGCCCGCCAACGACAACGGCACAAAUCCGCCGGGCACCUGGGUGCCUCUAGUUCCGGCAGCAUGCCCAACCUGGCGGCCCGUAACGGAGGCACCCACGCUGGGGUGUGCGGCAGCCACCAGGGAGUGUACCUCCACAGCCAGAGCCAACCUUCUUCGCAGUAUCGCAUCAAAGAGUACCCGCUUUACACGGAGGGCAGCAGCCCCAACGCCGUGGUGGUCCGCAGUUUGGAAAAUGACCAAGAAGGACACUACAGCGUCAAGGCGCAGUUCAAGACCUCCAACUCCUACACAGCUGGAGGGCUUUAUAAGGAGGGCUGGGGCUCGGGGGAAGAUGGGGAAACGGGUGUGGGCAGCGGGAGGUUGACGCCCUCCCGUUCGCAGAUUGUGAGGACUCCUUCUCUGGGCAGGGAGGGUGGAGGAGGGGGACGGACGGCAGUGUCAGACGAGCUGCGGUGCUGGUACCAGCGCUCAUCUGGAUCACUGAAGGAACACAGUCGGGUUACGCACACCAGCUCCAACACCUCAGACGGCCGUGGAGGGCGGAUAGGAUCGCUAGCGAAGGGAUCACCAGCGGCCUCUCCACUCAGUCAGAGGAGUGGAACUCCGUGUAGUGACCCUACAGCCACGCCCCUCUGCAGCCCACAGCACAUACUCAACUGGCAGAGCGGAUCUCCAUUCAGUGAUUGUUUCCUGAGCAGUCCCCUGUGCUCUGAGAUAGCGGAUGUACAGUGGUACGGACACGAGAAGGCAAAGCCGGGAACACUUGUCUAAACCCCCAUCCCUCUCGCCUCUGUCUAAAAGAGAGAGUUUAAAAGGCAGGCUUGAUUAUUGGCUGGACCUCAUCUAAUCCCAUUGGCUGGAGCCAGCAUCACCUGACCUGCUCCUUUUCCGCUAUCUUUCUCUGUAUAUCCGGCAGUACAGUGCUAACGAACAAUGGAAAUACAGGAGACUGAGCUUGACCUUUUUUUGACCCUUCCCCUCGGACGUUGAACUUUGACCCAGUUAGCUGGCAGCCAGUUCCUCUGUAUGCACAAACCCUCUGUGUCUAAGCUGAUGCGCAUGAGAACAUCCUCUUAUGUGCACAUGUAUGUGUCAACGUUGUACUAUAAGGAAAUUCCACCCAUACGCACCCACACACACAUGCUCGAGUAGACAUUUGUCCCCUGCUGUCAUGUGUUCCUCUGCACUGAUGUCAGAGAGCCGACGCUCUCUUUAAUACACAUGACAUGGACAAAAACACAUUCCGAUGGAUUGCAUUGCCGUCAACCGUCUACUCUAGAUUUUUACGCUCUCAGUUCAGUUUUAAAACAUUUGUGACCGCAAGCCCCUCCUUCAUUCUACAGAAUCCUUUGUCAUUGGAGUGAACCAUAAACCUCAAAGUUUGUGGACAUCCUGGUUUCACGAUCUGUGAUAUUUUGUGACUAAGAAUAGAGCUUUUUGUGUCAACCUUUCGACGGUGGACCUGGAUUUAUUCAAGAAUAACCUUAAAACAGUUUCUCCAUCACACUGUAAAAGAUGGUCCUGACAUGACCGGACGCAUGUAAUUUAAAAAACAUUGUUCAUGUCUCUUUGUGAUAACUGUGUCACAGAUGUCAUUUCAAGGUAAUGUGGUCUUUGUCUGUAUGUAAUGAAGAUUUGCCAUUUUCAAAUCGUUCAAAACCUUGGUUUAUUGCUAAUUCAUCCAUUAGCUAUCCUUUAGAAGCCAUAGCUGUACAACUAAUCUGAAACGUUAAGUACUGUGAAGUACUGUAUGUGCCGCAUAAUAUCUCAGGCCCAACCAGUGUACUUUGCCACUACGGCAACUUGCCAAAAUGGUGCUCUGAGCCUGUACCGUACACAGAUGAACCAGAUGUCCCACAAUCCCCUGCUGUAAGCCCAUACUGCAUGCAGAACUGUCACAGCCUGAAAACCGCCACAGUCCUUCUCUAUAUAGCGUUGUGACAUCAUCGAGGGAACACGAAUGCUGGGUCUACACGUGGGACUCCAAACGCUCCUGGCCUUAUAGGUUUUGCGUUUCUUUUGUGCUUGUCUGUGUUUUUAAUACCCAGUAUUUUGCUCACAGUUAUAUUACGGUUUUAACAUUACUUGCAUAUUUGUUAAACCGGAUGAGCGCAACAUAACGUGGCACACAGACAAUAUUGUAGUCUAAAUGAUGUUACCUCUGCCCUGGCCUGUGAAGGGUGUCAGGAGAACAGCAUUCCAGAAUGUGAUGAGACUCAAAAGCAGACAAACCUCGAACGCCAUGUCCCGUAAACAACCACAAGCUCAGACAUCUCAAUGUGAGAUGAGAACAGGGUGAUUCAUCACAAUCUCAUCCGAGACCACCGGUGCCCGUCUUCUCGAUCGUCUGUUAUCGAGGAAAAACAUCAAGCCAUAAAGCUAAAGAUCACAUUUAUUUAUACAUCCUGCAGUGAUACAGUGCACACCCAGAGUACCUUAAAAAACAGCUAGCUGAAAGCACACCCUCGACCGGUUCAUUCAUUAUAGAUUCAAAAGGGUCCAAAUCAGACACUAUCAUGUCGUUAAAUGCAAGAAAAGUAAACCGGAUGAUCUCUUUUAAGAUAGAUAUGUUUUCUCUCCCGUUUUUAGUGCAUGCUCAAUACACACUGUGCAUCCUAAUGUUCAACCAAACAACCCUUACCGCAAAUAAAACAGCAAUGUGAGCUUGCUCGCACUCGUCUACCUGUAUUCUGUACUGAAAACAACGUGAAUCUUUUUAUAUUAAAAGAACAACUAACACAUUUAUCAACAUUUAUAGGCAGGACUAUGAAAACCUUGACUGGGUUCUUUUAAAAGAGAGUCAAACAUUGAGCGUUUAUUUCAUGAUUUUUAUAAAUCAGUAUUUGUGUUCUUUCAGUCUUACAGGUAUUUUUCACAAAGCUGGGAAAUAGUAACAACACGUUCAGGUGCUACGGAGAGAGCGGUUACCGAGCGAGAUCAGCGCUUUCGUUUCCUAGCUGUAGACUUUUCCUAACUGUUGUCAAUAGUUUUAAAAGCAGUCGUGCAAAAUGAAGGACGUUAGUUACUAAAGUGUGUCUUAUCACUUCAUCUUGACAAUAGAGCAUGAGUUCAUUACAGACGUAACCGGACACAAUAAAACAAUGUUGUAGAAAAAAAUAGUGGAAUUGUUGGGCGGGUUAAAUGUAACCAAAUUCCACAGUUAAUUUAUUCUUUUUUCUAUUAAGAAUUUGUAUAGUAACAUUUUUUAAAAACCGUGUUGUUGGCAACUGAUACUGAAUUUUCCAGAUGAGAAAUGUGGUGGUUCUUGAGAUUCUGAAAUAAAUUAUUGCUGAAUGUUC